AUGGCCCAACCAAAGUCCUCGCACGUCGCAGACCCCUCGCUGCUCCCAUUCAUCCAGCCCGCCUUCGAUCCCGCCGACCACCUGAACAACCUCCUUCCAUCGCUCGCUUUUCCGUCCUCUCAGUCCAAAUCCAACGCCGUCUCGCUGUCCGAGCUCUCCAUCCAGACGCAGUCGCUUCUCUCGCAACUAAACGCCCAGACCACUCGCCUUUCCACCGUGCUCACCCAAUUGACCGAUGACAUUCUGCGCAGCGGGGGCAGACUUGCUUACGAGGUCGAGGUGUUGCGAGGGGAGACUGUCGGCCUCUCGGAAGCCUUGACUGACGGUCUGCGCCCGGAUGUCGAGAAGUUCGUUCCCAGUGGCUUGACGGCUGCGAAAGCAGAAGGCUCGAACUCGACCCAGGCCGACGGGUCAGCCAAGAGAGAAAGUGCCAACACUGCUGCAGGCGAGGAAGAAAAGGCAACAGAUGGCAAGGCCGAAACUACACAAGAAGGCGUCGAACUGCCACCUUACAUCACACAAUUGCGCACCCUGACGCUUGUGCGAUCGCGGCUCGAGAGUGUCAUCAAAGUGUUUGGUGAGGCCAUGCAGUGGUCGUUGCCGCCCUCGGAGGUGUCUCUGGCCUCCUCGCUUAUCUCAGUCUCAGCACCGGAGCCUGGGUCUGAGAGUCACAGUCGAGAAGAGAAAGGACGCGAAUUUGCCGAAAAACUGCGCGCGGAGAUUGCGGAGCUAGUGACCGGCAGCGACGAUGGCUUUGAGACAGCCCAAGCGCGCAUACAAGCACUGCGCAAUUUGUCGCAGGUAUGGAAAGAUACGGCGGAGGAGAAGGCGCGCACGAGAUUCGUCGAUGGGCUUGUGAAGGUGGCAGAAGACAGACAAAGGUCGCUGCAGAAUGCGUCGAAUCAGCGGCAGAAGCAAGCUGCGACGCAAGCUCCGCGGAAAAGAGAAGACAGCCGCUCUAGACCCCCUGAGAGGAGCGGCGGCUUCCUUGACAACCUCCAAAGGAUGCGUGAGACGAUAUAUUUCGACUGA